CUCCAUCGUGCUUCAGCUCUGCAUCGUGUCUGAUGCACCUCAUGGGAUGUUUGUUCCGAUGGAGGGGAGGGCAGGACAUGUAUAAGAGCAUCCGUGCCUCCCCCGCGGCUUAUCGCAGGAGGGCCUCCUUGAUGCGAUUUAUUGCCCGGGUGCUUUCUCGUUCACCCCCUUUUGCUCGUAUCUGAUUUGACUAAGGAAUUACCUAUCUCAUGCGUACGACUAUUCGUUUUAUAAAACAGAUUCUUUCGCCUUCCUUUCUUCCGUCCCCCUGAGUCUUUCUUCCCCCUUUUUUUUCUCUCCCAUUGUCUUCCAUCAUUGUAGUUGUGGUCCAGCAUAGUCAAUCAAGAUGUUUUCAACAAGGCGACCAGCGCAACCUCAAACUGAAAGCCUCUCCUCGAAAUAUGGAGCUAGAAAGUCCACCUCCCGAGUCCGCAGGCCAAUUCGAGAGUCGCCCACCCGUUCCAGAGUCUCAGAAAGACGCCAGAAGCCAGAUGGAAGCUCUCUAGGCUCUGACAUGGUCAUUUACUUUGCCGUGGGUUCUCAAAAACGCCUUUUCGCCGCUCGCUGGAAUAUGAUCCGCGGUGCUCCUCUCUUAGCGACAUACUGUCGUGAACAGUCGUCUGGGUCUGGGACUCGCCCCAAACCGAUAAAUAUGCCCGAUGAACAGCCGGAGAUCUUCUCCUGUGUCCUCGAGUACCUCUACACUGGCGAUUACUACCCUCGAUUGGUGCAUGACAAGAGCCAUGAGAAUUGGUGGCUGGAAGAUUCGAGCAUGAGUAAAGAUGUCCAGAGCAAUGAAGCUACUAUAUAUCAUCAAGGAGCUGAGGCUAUCAUUCUGAAAGAUACAGCUGUCUACUGCGCAGCCGAAAAAUACGGAAUCGAAAACCUCAAGCGUCUAUCUCUCCGAAAACAAGGCCUGCAUUGCGGUAUCCAAUGCAGUACAAUCCUCACCAGCGCUCGCUACGCCUACGCUAACACUCCCGAUACUGAAUCCAAACUGCGCGCCCACUACUUAGCUUUAAUUAUCCGUAGCAGGUCGACCUUCAAGCGUAGCGGUACAAUGCAAAUGGAAAUGGAGCAGGGUGGGAAGCUGUUCUUCGAUCUGUUUGUUGCAAUGUGCAACCACAUGGAUGAUCUCGACGCUACGUUCAAGGCUCCCCUCGCAGAUUGAUCGUGUUGUAUUAUGAUGCCAGAGCUUCUGUUGUGGCCCUGGUUAAUGAUUUUCCUUUCUCAAUACCCCUUUAAUCUUUCUUGCCUUCGUUUAUCCUUUGAGGGAUUUUCUGGAUUCAAGAGAAGGCGUUCAUUCCAAAUGAUUUCAUUAGGCAGGUCCGCUGUAUAGUAUUACUUAAAUGCAAAAUAUGACAGAAACAAUCAAAUAUCUCUCUACUCUAUCAUACUAGGUUGGAUGGGCGAUGGAACCUAGGAGUCUAGAACCUAAAACAAUGGGAAUAGCCUCUGUGACCAUCGUCGCCCCCCUGGCUAUUAGCUCUGCAGAACCAACACUUCUCCUUACG